CCCGCCAUUGGCGCUUCAAUCAGUCUCCAGCCCUGGACAUAAAUGAAAAGAAUCUGCAGCACAACAAAGGGAAAUUAAUCAGCGUUAUCCAGUUCCAAUGUCCGAAUCACCUUCUGGUCCCCGCUCCAAGCGCCAAAAAAUAGACAAAAAUGGUCGGUUCGCGGCAAUGGAGCGCCUUCGCCAGCUGAAGGGGACCAAGAACAAAUGCCAGGUGGAAGACCAUGUGGACGAUGUUUACGAUGUAGUGGAUGAGCGGGAGUACGCCAAGCGGGCGCAGGAGAAGUACGGCGACGAUUGGAUCGAGGAGGAUGGCACUGGCUAUGCAGAAGAUCAUCGGGAUUUCUUUGAGGAUGAAGAUGAGUUCUCCGAUAAUGAAGAGGAACCAAAGGAUAGAACAAAGAAGAAGGGCGUGGCACCCAACAGCAAAAAAAGACCACGGGAAGCUGAAAAACCUGCCAAAGGAAAAGCCUCUAUCAAGAAUCUCUUUAGCACUGCUGUGCCCAAAAAGCCAGACAUCAAAAACAGUGUGAAAGAUGAUGAUAUCCUGGCUGAUAUUUUGGGAGAAAUGAAAGAAGAGCCUGCAGAGACGACUGGAAAAGUGGAGAAUGUUAUAGCGCCGGCGAAAAUAGCAGUUGCCUCGCGAAAAUCCGACGCCGCCGCUGCUAAGGAAUACAUGAACAGUUUCCUUAAAAACAUCAAAGUUCAGGAGCAGGAGCGCAAGAAGGCGGAGGCUAGUAGUGAUAACGAGAUGCUGGAGCGUAUUUUGAAACCCAAGGCAGCAGUACCGAACACAAAGGUGGCCUUUUUCUCCACUCCCUCAAUCAAAAAGGAACCACUGCCCGAAACAAACCCAGUCAAUGAAGGACCGAAAGAUCCUUUUUCCGAUAAUAUGGAUUUCAGUUGCCUGGAUGACGACGAAAACCAGUUCGAUGUCGAGAAGGAGCAGCCUAAGGAGGAGAUUUUCCAAACAAAAACAGAAGGGAAGGAGACAUACCAAGCUAAAGUCGCCGAAAAAGUAACUCCCAAAGCGGAGCUAAUUGGAUCUCCAAAGGAAAGUGAACCCGAAGAAAUUAGCAAGCUUCUAAACAACUGGGAGUCCAUCUGUCAGAUGGACGAUGACUUUGAGAAGUCCGUGCUCACUGCAGAUCAGGAAUCGCCAAUCUCUUCCGAUGAACAGCUGCGCUUCUGGUACUGGGAGGCCUGGGAGGAUCCAAUUAAGCUGCCCGGCGAGGUCUUCCUCUUCGGCCGCACCGCUGACGGAAAGUCUGUCUGUGUGCGUGUGCAGAAUAUCAACCGAGUGCUCUACCUUCUACCCCGUCAAUAUCUGUUGGACCCCAUUUCAAAGGAGCCGACCAAGCAGAAGGUUACUGUGGCUGAUAUCUACAAGGAGUUUGACAGCGAGGUGGCCAGCGAACUUAAGUUGGAAUCUUUUCGAUCCCGCAAGGUCAGCAAGAGUUUCGCCCACCACGCCAUCGGUAUUGAAGUGCCCCAAACUUGCGAUUACUUGGAGGUUCACUACGAUGGUAAGAAACCACCUCCCAAUGUGUCGGCUAGCAAAAAGUACAACUCCAUAGCUCAUAUUUUCGGCUCCACCACCAAUGCAUUGGAGCGCUUUCUGCUCGAACGCAAAAUCAAGGGUCCUUGCUGGCUGCAGGUUAGUGGAUUUAAGGUGAGCCCAGCUCCCAUGAGUUGGUGUAAAACGGAGGUAACCUUGUCAGAACCCAAGAAUGUGGAAUUAUUGCAAGAUAAGGGCAAACCGGCACCACCACCUCCUCUUACUCUUCUCGCACUUAAUGUCCGUACUUCGAUGAAUCCCAAAACAUCAAGAAAUGAAAUAUGCAUGAUUUCCAUGCUGACCCACAAUCGUUUCCAUAUCGAUCGUCCUGCUCCACAGCCCGCUUUCAAUCGUCAUAUGUGUGCUCUAACCCGCCCAGCGGUUGUUAGUUGGCCUUUGGAUUUGAAUUCCGAGGUAACUAAAUAUAAAUCCACCAAAAUAUACAAGCACGAUUCAGAGAGAGCCCUCUUAAGUUGGUUUUUGGCUCAGUACCAACAAAUAGAUGCGGAUCUUAUAGUAACCUUUGAUGCAAUGGAUUGCCAACUGAAUGUUAUUACCGACCAAAUUAUGGCUUUGAAAAUACCCCAAUGGUCAAGAAUGGGUCGCCUUAGGAUGACGCAAUCGUUUGGCAAGCGUUUACUGGACCACUUUGUGGGCAGAAUUGUCUGUGAUGUAAAGCGUUCCGCGGAGGAGUGUAUAAGAGCCAGAUCCUAUGAUCUUCAAACGUUAUGCAAGCAAGUUCUGAAGUUAAACGAAUCCGAGAGAAUGGACGUGAAUGCCGAUGAUCUUCUAGAGAUGUACGAAAAAGGAGAGAGCAUCACCAAGCUUGUAUCCCUCACAAUGCAGGACAAUUCCUAUUUACUAAGGCUGAUGUGCGAGCUUAACAUCAUGCCGUUGGCCAUGCAAAUCACCAAUAUUUGUGGCAACACGAUGACAAGGACUCUUCAAGGAGGUCGUUCCGAACGGAAUGAGUUCUUGCUGCUGCAUGCUUUUCAUGAGAAGAACUAUAUAGUGCCGGAUAAGAAGCCGCAAUCAAAACGUGGUGGAGCUGGAGAUCCGGAGGCUACACUUCUUGGUGCAGAUGCCACUUUGGGUGCAAAAAAAAAAGCGGCUUAUGCUGGCGGCUUGGUUUUGGAACCAAUGAGAGGUCUCUAUGAAAAGUUUGUUUUGCUUAUGGACUUCAACUCCCUGUAUCCAAGUAUAAUUCAAGAGUACAACAUUUGCUUCACCACUGUUCAACAGCCCGUUGAUAUGGAUGAGUUGCCCACUCUGCCUAAUUCCAAAACUGAAGCUGGAAUCUUACCCCUACAACUAAAACGUUUGGUCGAGUCGCGAAAGGAGGUUAAAAAGCUAAUGGCAACGCCCGAUCUCUCGCCGGAACUUCAGAUGCAGUACCAUAUUCGACAGAUGGCUCUGAAACUCACAGCCAACUCCAUGUAUGGUUGCUUGGGCUUUGCACAUUCCCGAUUUUAUGCCCAGCAUUUGGCUGCUUUGGUUACCCACAAGGGCAGAGAAAUCCUCACAAACACCCAACAAUUAGUCCAAAAGUUGAAUUACGACGUGGUUUACGGUGACACAGAUUCCCUGAUGAUUAAUACCAAUAUAACAGACUACGAUCAGGUCUUCAAAAUUGGUCACAGCAUCAAGCAAAGUGUGAAUAAAUUGUACAAGCAGCUAGAGCUGGACAUUGAUGGAGUCUUUGCCUGUCUGCUGUUGCUUAAGAAGAAGAAAUAUGCUGCUGUUAAGUUAAGCAAGGAUUCCAAGGGUAAUUUGAAGCGGGAACAGGAACACAAGGGCCUCGAUAUAGUUCGACGAGAUUGGUCUCAACUGGCUGUGAUGGUGGGAAAAGCUGUUCUCGAUGAAGUGCUGUCUGAAAAACAGCUGGAAGAAAAAUUAGAUGCAGUGCAUGCCCAACUGGAAAAGAUCAAAAAUCAAAUUAGGGAGGGUGCAGUACCUCUGCCACUUUUUGUAAUCACCAAGCAGCUUACUCGGGCACCCCAGGAAUACGCCAACAGUGCUUCGCUACCGCAUGUCCAGGUGGCUCUUCGUAUGAAUCGAGAGCGCAACAGACGGUACAAGAAGGGUGACAUGGUUGACUAUGUAAUCUGCUUGGAUGGGUCCACAAACGCUGCCAUGCAGCGAGCCUACCAUUUGGAUGAGCUUAAGAGCAGUGAGGAUAAAAAGCUCCAGCUGGACAUGAACUACUACCUUGGACAUCAGAUACACCCGGUAGUCACGCGGAUGGUAGAGGUGCUUGAAGGAACCGAUGCGAGUCGCAUCGCCGAAUGCCUUGGCAUGGAUCCCACCAAGUUCCGACAAAAUGCACAGCGAGCCCAGCGUGAGAUCACCGAACAGUCGGAAGGCGAGUCUCUCCUUAAAACAACUCUCCAGUUGUACCGCCUCUGCGAACCUUUCCGAUUCCAGUGCGUUGCCUGCAAGACGGAGCAGCUGAUGGCCAGUGCCUAUCGCCCGGGACCCAACAGCUCGCACAUCUCUGUGCUUCAGCAAUGCGCGAAUUCCGAGUGCCAAACCGCACCGGUCCAGUACCUGGCCAGUAUCCGUAAUCAGCUACAACUUUCCAUACGGCGGCACGUGCAGCGGUUCUACAAAAAUUGGCUGGUCUGCGAUCACCCCGAUUGCAACUACAACACACGUACCCAUACGCUGACGAAGGAGAUGCGUCGCCCACUCUGCCACAAGUGCCGUAGUGGUAGCUUGUUACGGCAGUAUACGGAGCGGGACUUGUACAAUCAGCUCUGCUACCUGCGCUUCAUCUUCGACCUCGGCAAACAGCAGUUACAGCAAAAACCCACCCUAACGCCGGAGCUUGAGCAGGCCUACCAGCUCCUUUACGAAACAGUAGAUCAACAACUUCAGAGCUCUUCCUAUGUGAUCAUUUCGCUAAGAAAACUCUUUGGCCGGACCCUCGCCUUGAUGUCCUUGCAACCGCCCAAACCAACGCCCCACAACGAUUUGAUCGCAAGUUCUUUGGCAGAUGUCGUCUAAGGGUUUAAUUAAACAUCAUUUGUUAUAAGUUCCAUUAAGAAAACAACAAAACAUAUGGACAUUUCCAGGAAAAAGUCAACCAAGCCCCAAAAACUAAACGUUGAGAAAAAUUUUGUUUUGUAAAUACAAUAUUAAAGAAAAACUCAAAUUUUA